AUGUCUGCUCUGCACACCACGCCCGACCCGGCCAUGGGCGGCAGCACGAGCGAGGCUCGCGCCGCAGCCCAGGAGUCGAUCCGCGCACGCAUCCUGGCAAUGCGCCAGGCCAAGCAGGCGCAGAUCCGCGCCAUGCAGCCCGAGUCCGACGAGGACGGCAUCGCCGGGCUGCGUGCGCACGAGACGCAGGUGCCUGCCGCAUCGCUGCUGUCCGUGCCCAGGUCGACGGCGCGUGGGCGCGCCCUCGUCAGCGACGCCCGCCUCGGCGGCAACGCGGCGCUCCACUCCUGGUACGCCGAGUCUGACGCCGACGACGACGCCGAAGACGACGAAGAGGUGCUUGCUGAAAGACGCGCUCUCUUCGAGGCGGCGGACGAAGAGAGCACCAUUCACGGGCACCAGCCUGCGCCGAGCCAGAUGCGGGCGCCUGCCGCACGCCCGCGCAACGUCUGCUCGCCGCCGGUAGACUCGGGUCUGAGCGACUAUCCGCUCUCCUCCUCGACUGCCUCUCGCUCCGACACCUCGGCCAGUGCGCGCUCGUCGUACGCUCAGCCUGCAGAGGCGCGCUUCUCGCGCGAGCGCGCCUCGACUCUGCUCGACGAGCUUGCUGCAGAGCUGCAGGCCCAGCGAGCGUACUCACCCGCGCCCGCCGCGCCGGCCGGACGUCCGCCGGCGUCUCCUCUGCCAGACGUUCCCGGUGCCAGGUCGCUCGGCCGGUCAUCUACUGCAGGCUCGAGCUCCGGCCCGAAAGGUCUGAAUAGCGCGCGGUCCAGUCUGACGUCUCAGUCAUCUGAUGGCGCCGCAUCUGGCUCCCGUCCGCGUCCAGCGGCGUUGGCAAACUCCAGCGCGAAACGCUCCAGUACCGCGUCGGGCAUCAGCACGCCGCUAUCUCCGGCACUCUCGAACCGGACCUCGUUCAAUGGCGGCCUCUCGCGGCAAGCAUCGAGCGCCGGCAGCUUGUCGCGGCGCGCAUCCAGCAUUGGCCCGCCCUCGGCGCCUCCGCCCUGCAUCGCCCUGCCCUCUCUGCCGCCCGGAUCUGCAGAUCGGCGCAUCUCCACCGCAUCCUCGGCUACUUCGGCAGUGUCGCGCUGGUCCGUCCGCUCGGAGCUUCCGCCGACGAGCGAGGCCGGCACAGUAGAGCCGAGUGGCAUUGCAGCACUGCCGCCUCAGUGGGUCGAGGAGCUGCAAGAGGACAGCGACGAGGCCCUCUCGGACGUGCUGAACAUCAGUCCGCGAGACUCGCCCGUUCCAAGCCGCGUGGCUCUUUCGUCGGGCCAAGCGCAAGACGACGACGACUUCGACCAGGGCGCACUCAGCCCGCCGAUGAGCGAGGACGAGAGACGGCGGCAGAGUCUCCUGCGCAAGAGCAUGGGCGGUCUCGUCGCUGCACUGGCCAACGAGGCUGCUGGCUGGAAGCAAGAGUCACACGCUGUAGUGCUUCCGUCAAGAGACAGUCCGGUUGCACGCGGAGGCAAGGCGGAGGGUACAGGUUCAGCCUCUGAUGAAGGACCUGCUGGCGCCCUGACUGAGCAGAGCGGCGCUUCAGGUACACCUGAGCGUCCGCUGCUGACGCCCGAGCCGUACACGCGGCCCGGAUCUGGCGCUACCGCGAUUGUCGAGAUGUAUCAGAACUCUCAAGCGAGCGCGCCUUCGAGCGACAGCGGACGGAACGCUGAUGCGCAGGCGCCGCGCGGGAGCGAGAGAGUCGGAGCAGCAGCGGCAGCUCCGGUGGUCCCAGCCAUCUCCAUCGACGAGGCAGACAGCGACACGCUCUCCGAAGGCUCGAGUCGCGGCACUCCUCGCAAGCGGCGGAAGCAAAAGAAAAGCAAGGUCGGCCUUGCUUUCGACGACCAGCGCGUGCAGGCACCCGGCUCGUCUUGUCGCGGGCAGGCGGGCCCCACUGCAGCGCAGGAGGCGGCGCAGUGGGCCUACUACGCCUUCUCGCCCGACCUGCCGCCGUUCGUGCCGCCAGGCAUGCGCCCGACAGAUCUCACUGGGCGCGGCACGUGGCGCAGCAUCGCCGCUCGUGCCGGCACACUCGACACGAUGUCGAGCCGCGGCUCCACGCUGACGCUGGGCUCCAUCGUCUCGAUGGACGAGCAGCUUGGACGACAGCCGAGCACCUCGGGCCCUGUGUCGAUGCGCGAGCUGGCUGCACAGGCCCGCGCGAAGGCCGAGCGUGCCAACGCGCUGCGCGAGCGGCAGCACACUCUGCUCGCUCAACGGAGCUUCCUGCCGAUCGACAUCCACACACACGCAGCGGAGCAUGCUCUCAGCGAGCGUGGAAGCUUCGUCGGCUCGUCGGCUUCCUCGGUCUUCUCCUUCGACUCGUCUCUUCGGCCGCGCGACUCUGACCUGUACAGCGUUGCGUCGGACGAGACGCUCGGCAUUCGCUCGGCCCCAGUCUUUCCGCAGCCGCCUGCGCGCACGGAGUCGGGCGCCGGUACCGAUGCGCACCCCGAUGCUGACGCACUAGUCGGCCUGGGCAUUGGGCCCUCGGCCAGACAGGCGCCGACCAAGCAGUAUGUCGAGUUCAGCAUGCAGACCUCGCCGCCAAGCUCGCGGACAUCUACGCCUGUCGCCUCGCCUGUGCUUGGCCCAUCGCGCGUGGAUAUGGGCGUCGGAGUGGAUGGGCCCGAAGCAAGACGAGCACGCCGUAACGCAAAUCUUCUCAGCGCCUCGCACGCCUUGGAGGGCUGGAGAGACAAUGACAGCGAUGCUGCAGCUGGCGGUGAGGCUCGCGGCUCGAGACCGACACAGCAGCCCUCCCGUCACGACCAGGUCGUACGGAGGAGCAAGUCCUUUGGCCUUGCGCCGCGGCGCGCAGGCUCUCGGAGCCGCUUUGAUGCGCUCGACCUCGACUCUCCCGGCGCGUGGCCGCCCGUGCUCAGCGCUCCGCGCCUGUCCACGCGCAGCAGCGUUGCGACGUUCGAUCGCUCGUCGGCUCGCCUCUCUCGCGCGCCCAGCAUCGCCAGCUUCACAUCCGGCGCGAUCUCCGAGUCGACGAUCGGGCCCGAGUCGGACGCGGAGAGCGACGAGUCCGACCUGGAUGUGGCGGUCUCGCUCGAUCUUCUUGCGGACCGCUCUGGAGCACUGGACGCGAGCCCGCCUCGCGGCGAAAAGCGGAAGCAUCAGCAGCACCACGGAGCAAGCACGAUCGAGGCACUCGGCGAGCGCAGGAUUGCUGCUGCUCCACGCAAGACCGGAGCACCCCGUCACGCGGCGCGUCUCCACCUGGCACGCUCGAGCGGCUGGAGCAGCGCCGAGAGCGAGGACGAGCUGCCCGCGGGCGGACGCUUUGCCGACAGCGGAGAGCGAGCCCGUGCGCGUCCGUCUGCUCCUGCUGCAUUUGCUGCUGGCUCAUCGACUCCUCAAACCACGCGGACGUCUGCGUCGAUGCGACACGCCGCCUCUGCAGUGGAUCUGCGCGAGAAUGCUCGAGCUCGUGUCAGCCACGCAGCGGUCUCGCCUCUUCGGGCGGCGAGCCCUGUCCUCGAUCUGUCCUUCAGCGACGGCGACUCGCUGCUCCACUCAGACAUCGAGGCGAUGCCUGACCUCGACGAGGACGAGUUCAUGCUGCAGUCGCGCGCACGUGCUGCGCGUGGUGACGUGGGCUCGAAGCCAGACACCAGCAGCCGAGCCUCCAGCUCUGUCAGUCCUGACGCUCUGGCCGCCAAGCUCGAUCUCGUGCAGGUCAACAGCAGCGAGACCGAGACGCCAUCCACAGACUCGACUGCGAACGCUGUGACGGCUCGCGAGGCGCCCUUCUCUCCGCUUUGCCCGCUGCGUCCCGACUCUGCCGAUCUCGAAGACACGCCGAACACACUGCUCGGCUCUGAUGUCUGGUCGGCUGUGGGCGACCGCCGCAGCACUGCCACCACCGCCACGACUUGCUCUGAAGGCAGCGAAGGCGACGAGCGCGGCGCGCCUGGCGCCAAACCGGUCGGUGAGCCGGAAGCGCAGACCGCUGUGCCUCUUCCCGCUGCUUCUGGGCAAGACGGCAGCAAGGAGCUCGAAGUCGCUGCGCCGCCUUCUGGUCCAGCGGUCGAAGACAGCGAGCACGCGCUGGCUGUCGAUGAUCCCAAUGCGCCCAGUGAACUCGCGAAGGCACGCCCCUCAGUGUCCAGCUCCGUCCCUCAGCCACGAGCUCCCGCUGCGAAGCCCUCUGGCAUUCGCCCGCCAACGACACCAGCGCGGCGCGGCAGCCAGGCUGCCAGCAUUGCGUCUCCCUCGCCGGCCCUCUCGACCGCGGGCGCGGACAAGGAGAAGGCCAUCGCUGUGCGCGCGGCGUCGGGCAUCCCGGCGCCGUCUGGCAUCCGCCGGGCGAAGAGCUUCGGCAGCCAUGCGCCUUCGUCCUACACGUCGCCGCCGCUCAGCACGCUGCCGACGCUCGCCGGACGCAAGUCCUCCAUCCGUCUCAGCUCCUCGCCGACUGCACAGCCGAGCGCGGCCUCGCCUGCGCCUGCUCCCACACGCUCGGCGUCGCCGCUGGCGGCGUCGGCGCCGAAGCCCCGCUCGCACGACUCGCCCAUGCUCGUCAAGCGCAAGCCGGUGCCGACGCUGGCUGCUGUCGCUGCACCGAGCACACCUUCCGCGCUGCCGCGCCCUGCUGUGACCCGGCGCGGCACCGGCAGCUCCUCGGCCUCGUCGCCGGCGCCGUCGCUGCUGCCGCGUCCCUCGACCGGCGCUCUGUCGCGCAAGGCCUCCUAG